UGGCUCCUGCGCUCCCCAUUGGGCUGAGGGCCCGUUACUCAAAAGCGAAGCUUCAAAGCCCCAAAGGCGAAGCCCGCCCCCAACUCCCUUCUGUGAGAUGAAAACUUUCUGGCAGCCUCGGUGGGUGGAGGGAAAUAAAAAAAAAAGUUCAAGAUGGCGGAAAAUUUAAAAGAAUAUACUGUUUGCUGCAAGUCAACUUGGUCCCAUCUCCAGGAUCUGUGUCGAUUGGAGAAGGUGUGUUGCCCUACCUUGGGCAUUACUAAAAAAAACCUCAGUGAUUUUGAAGUAGAGUAUCUAUGUGAUUAUAAGAAAAUCCGGGAUGAGGAAUUCUACCUGGUGAAGUGGCGGGGCUAUCCUGAUUCAGAGAACACCUGGGAGCCCCGAAAGAAUUUGCGCUGUAUCAGCAUACUCAAACAAUUCCACAGAGACCUAGAACAGGCAUUGAUCCGGCGUGGUAGCAAGUUCAAAAAGAAUAUGCGCUUACUUGACCAAGGAAUUUCCAACUAUUUGGUUCAGAAGGCCAAACAGAGGCGAGCUUUGCAGCAUUGGGAAUAUGAGCUUAAUGCCAAGCGCAACCACAAGGGACGAAUUGUGGUAGAAAAUGAGGUGGACUUGGAUGGGCCUCCCCGGGACUUUGUCUACAUCAAUGAGUAUAAAGUAGGGGAGGGUAUCACUCUCAACCAGGUGGCUGUAGGCUGUGAAUGCUCAGACUGUCUGUCAGAAGCAGCAGGAGGUUGCUGUCCUGGUGCCUCACACCAUAAAUUUGCCUACAAUGAGUUGGGCCAAGUGAAGAUCAAGGCUGGCAUGCCCAUCUAUGAGUGCAAUUCUCGUUGCAGCUGUGGCAUUGAUUGCCCAAACCGUGUAGUACAGAAAGGCAUUCGUUAUGACCUUUGCAUUUUCCGGACAGAUAAUGGACGUGGCUGGGGUGUACGUACAUUGGAGAAGAUCCGCAAGCACAGCUUUGUCAUGGAAUAUGUUGGAGAGAUUAUCACAUCAGAGGAAGCUGAGCGACGGGGUCAGAUCUAUGACCGACAGGGUGCCACUUAUCUGUUUGACCUGGACUACGUUGAAGAUGUAUACACAGUAGAUGCUGCCUAUUACGGCAACAUUUCACAUUUUGUUAAUCACAGUUGCAACCCCAACCUACAGGUGUACAAUGUUUUUAUUGAAAAUUUGGAUGAACGGUUGCCACGCAUUGCUUUCUUUGCUACUCGAUCUAUCCGAGCUGGUGAAGAGCUCACCUUUGACUAUAAUAUGCAAGUGGAUCCAGUAAAUGCAGAAAGCACAUGGAUGGACUCUAAUUUUGGCCUAGUGGGAAGCCUGGCUGGCUCACCGAAGAAGCGGAUGCGAAUUGAGUGUAAAUGUGGCACAGAGUCUUGUCGGAAAUAUCUUUUCUAGUUCCCUGCUAGCUUUUCUUGGAAGAUGCCUGGUGAAGCCUGGAUUGGAAACCCAAGCUGGCUGUUGUUGAAAGAUUGCAGACAGAGGGUAAGAGUCAGGAACUUACCUGCUUGAAAAACAAACGAUAAAGACUAGAGCUGCAAGAGGGCAGUUAUCUGCAUUUCUUGUGCUAUUACAGCACCGACUUGGCUGCUUCUGACUGCCUGAUCAAAGUAUUCUUAUGGAAACAUGGGUGGGGGCAGUCUUUUCAGUAGGUGGACAGGUUGCUUGACUUUCAAACUUGCUGCUGAGAUGCUGGCUGGAAAAACUACAGCAUAGAACAGAACUCCCCUCAUACGUCUGUGCAUAUCUUAUUUGAACCUCAGCUAUUUUACUAUUACCAUUUUAAAGCCUUGAGUACAAGGACAAAGAACUGGCUAAUUUUCAAAGUUUUUUUUUUCUGAAGGACAGAAAUCUUGAUUUUCUAUAAGAAGCACUUCCUUACCACCUUACUGGUAGGUGGGAAAACAAAGCUGUUUUCUUCCCCCUGUGCACAGACUUCGUAUUACCUCAGUGUGCCAUAUGACUGCUGUCCACCUUUACAUCAUUUCUACUUGAAAUCGCACUUAAAAACCAUCAUGGAGUUAAGCUCUAUGCAACCUGGAAAACCACAAUGUCAUAUUUUUUAACUGAUGCAUUUGUUUUUAAAGAAAAUGUUUUUAAAUUUUUUUAAUGGGUUGGGGCAAAAACUAGCUUUGGGAGAUAGUUGUAUUUUGGAAGAUGUUAUGAAGUUCUUGAAUUAAUGACUGAUGAACUAAAUUAACUGGCUGGAUUCUUUAUUUUGUGUUU